AUGGCGCUCAAAACUGUCUACGACGCCUGCAGGGCCAAAUGCUGCAAAAAACGUCACGAGACAGAGGUGAGGGACGGCUAUUUCAAGGCAUCUCUUUGCGCUGAUUGGUUGGAUCACAUGACCAUCCUCCUCCUGAACUUUGUUGUCUGUGUGCAAAUUAGCAGAAAAGGAAGCAAGCGAUCAUCAGAUCAUCUACCAAGUGAUGAACCUGACAGAAAGAUUGUGUCUGGUAUACGCGAGUUUCUACAAAGUGAGAUCAUGAACUUCAGACUCUCAUCACUGAUCCUGCUGUUACACAUUCAAGGGUCUCUAACAUUGGAUAACUUUAAUGUAACCUGUAAUAAACUGAGUAUUUGUGCUGUAAGGGGGACAGGGGUGAGUGUGUGGUGCAAUAACUCAAACAACAUCAACAUCAGAACCGGGUUCUGGUUCAGCCAGAAACAGAGAACAAACUGGAGAAACCAAGAUGAACCUGAAGAUUUGACUUUAGAUUCAGAUUACUCAGUACGAGUGGAUCAGUGGAUCACUAAAAACAACUUAUAUCUCGGAAUAGAAGAUGUGAGAGAGAGAGACAGUGGAGAAUAUCAGCUCAUGUUCAUUAUGAAGGAUGGAGUUAAACAUCUCAGCUCAGUCACAAUCAAUCUAACAGUCACAGUUUUACAGGUGAUCGUGAGUCCUGAAUCUACAGAGCAGCGAGUUAAACUGAGCUGUGAUUCCUCCUGUCCUUUGACAUCUGAACAUUAUUACUACUGGUACAAAAAUGGACAACAUUUAAUAAAUAACCAACACAUAUUUGUAUCAUCCAGUGGAAAUACUGACACUUAUUCCUGCUUUGAGUCUUAUUCAGUGCCGUCUUCAUCUGUGUGUCUUUCUAACAGUAGCUGUUGGGGUGUGACUUACACCUCUACAAGAGUUUGUGCUUUAGUGGGAUCAACAGUAGAUAUUCACUCUACAUACUCACAUCCACCUGGAUAUACAGUAGUGAAAACAUCCUGGCAUUACAUUCAUUCUUGGAGAAACCCUCCUUGGCGAUUUAAUCAUUGGAAAUUCAGUGAUCUGCGUUAUGAUCAUCAGUUUGCUGGGCGUGUGGAGUUUGUGGGAAACACACUGAGAAUCAAAGACGUCAAUAGAAAUGACACUGGAGUAUAUCUAUUCAGGAUCAUCAAUAACACAUCAGAUGAAUUUUCUGGUUUACCUGGAGUCACUCUUAUUGUUACAGAUACACAGGUGAGAAGCAGUCCAGACCCUGUGAUAGACGGAGAAAAAGUGAUAUUAAGCUGUUCAACCGAAUGCACUCUGGAUAGCAACCAUACUUACAUCUGGUAUAAGAAUGGACAACAGGUUACAGAUGGAUUCACAUUAUUAAACAAGCUGUACCUGGACUCAAUCAACAGUAAGGAGCUACAAGAGUAUUCCUGUACUGUAGGAGAUACAAUGGACAGCUCAGUGUCUCUCUGUCUGCUGGUGUUUCUGCCUCAGUUUCUCAUUAUAGGAGCUCUGUGGAUGGGGUUUUUCAUCAGCAUGAAUAAAUUGAGCUAAUCUAAAAACAAAACUUAUGACAAACAAAUAGAGAUGUUGCAGGUCUGUGUGUAGAUCAGCUGGCUGUCCAUCAGAAGUGCUGGAGUGAUGCCACAAUGUCUUUAUGACAUCAUCACCUAGCAAAAAUCUAUCAGCAGUGACAUCACUGAUGUCACAUACAGUGACAUAUUAAUGACAGUUCAGUAUAAAUAAUCUAAUGCUCAAAUAUAUACAUUUAUUGAACUAUUCAAUCCGUCAUUCAACAGUCUUGUUUCAGUGUAAGACCAUCUUUAUGUAGAUGAUACUGUGAGUCAGGUAUAUAUAUAGGACAUUACUUAUAUGCAUGUUGCUUCCACUGUAUUUCACUGUUUUAAAACUGUGUAUCAUAGCUCUUUAUGUUUUAAUUCAUUGUCAUUGUUGUAUACUUCAUAAUACAAUAUUUUGGUUUCAUUAAGCUUGAGUAGCAUCAUUGACUUAAUUCUUUAAGCCGUAUUGGGUUUAGUUCUUUUUUGGGUAAUCUUCUUUCACUUAUAUUUAUACACAAAUAUUUGUUAUGAUUCCGGCUCUUCUAGAUGUCGUCUCUUUAGUGUACUUAGGUUUCAUUUAAGACUCAGUAGAAAAUGUUUUUUGCAUAUUCUGCACUCAGGUCAAGAAUUAACCUUCAGAAUAUAACAACAGCUUCAUCAUUUUGUUUC